CCAUGUCCCGCCCCUUCCGCCUCGCCGGUGGCGGCGGCCCCUGUCUGAGUCUCGUCAGGGUCGGGGCGGGUUCCCUCGGCAGAAUACCUGAGCUUGUAGAGCCGCGCCUUGGGGUCCGAUGGCGAUGAACUGCAACCCCAAGGACGAGGUGGAUGGCGGGCCUCCGUGCGCCCCUGGGGGCGCCGCGAAAACGCGGAGGCCGGACAACACGGCCUUCAAGCAGCAGCGGCUGCCCGCCUGGCAGCCCAUACUCACGGCGGGCACCGUGCUGCCGACGUUCUUCAUCGUCGGCCUCAUCUUCAUCCCCAUCGGCAUCGGCAUCUUCGUCACCUCUAACAACAUCCGCGAGAUCGAGAUUGAUUACACCGGAACAGAGCCUUCUAGUCCCUGCAAUAAGUGUUUGUCCCCAAAUGUGACACCUUGUGUUUGCACCAUUAACUUCACUCUGGAAAAGGCGUUUGAGGGCAAUGUGUUUAUGUAUUAUGGCCUAUCUAAUUUUUAUCAAAAUCAUCGUCGUUAUGUGAAAUCUCGGGAUGAUAGUCAGCUAAAUGGAGAUCCUAGUGCUUUGCAUAAUCCCAGUAAGGAAUGUGAGCCUUAUCGAAGAAAUGAAGACUUACCAAUUGCUCCUUGUGGAGCUAUUGCCAACAGCAUGUUUAAUGAUACAUUGGAAUUGUUUCUGGUCUCCAAUGAAUCUGAUCCUACACCUAAACCUAUUCGUUUGCAAAGGAAAGGUAUUGCUUGGUGGACAGAUAAACAUGUGAAAUUCAGAAAUCCUCCUGGAGAAGGAACCCUGGAAGAAAAAUUUAAAGGCACAACAAAGCCAGUAAACUGGCCUAACCCAGUGUACAUGCUGGAUUCGGAAGAGGAUAACAAUGGCUUCAUAAAUGAGGAUUUGAUUGUUUGGAUGCGCACUGCAGCAUUGCCUACGUUUCGAAAGUUGUAUCGUCUGAUAGAACGGACAGAUGAUUUGCAUCCAACAUUACCAGCUGGGCAGUACUUUUUGAAUAUCACGUACAAUUACCCUGUACAUUCUUUUGAUGGACGAAAACGGAUGAUCUUGAGCACUAUUUCAUGGAUGGGAGGAAAAAAUCCAUUUUUGGGGAUUGCUUACAUCACCGUUGGAUCAAUCUCUUUCCUUCUGGGAGUCGUUCUGCUAGUAAUUAAUCAUAAAUAUAGAAACAGUAGUAACACUGCUGACACCAUGGCAUUUUGAGGUUGGCACAUAAAACUUUAAAAAAGAACAAUCUUUGUCCUUUGCUUCUUUGCUAUGGAUGACUUAAAUAUGAUGGAUAUAAGUAUUUGAUGUAUUGAUUGUAUCAACACUGUAACUGUUAAACUUGCAUUUUAAUGUUCACUUCCUAUUGGGACAGGCCAUGUGAUGCAUAUAGAACUUUCAUGUGAAAUGUGUUUACUGCUUAAAUGUUGAUGCUGUGUCAAUAGUAUAUUGACAGAUGAUGCUGUACAUCUGUGCCUAUUGUGUGAUGGAAGGACAUUAUAAGAUGUAUGAGUGCAAUCACUUGCUAACCUUUCAGAUUCAUAGUCACGGAAAGAUGAAAAACUCAGUUUAAUAAAAUGUCUUCCUUUUCAUGUGUCAUGUAUAAAAGCUUAAAGUACUAUCUUUGCUUUAGCUUGUUCAUGUAUUAUUGAGUUUGUCGGUUUUAGGUGUUGGUGAAGCUCAGCUUUGAUUUCAAAGAGCAUGCUUGUCCAACAUGGACAGUAGUGCUCAUGUCUAAAAAGGGCAGGUAUGUCCUGAACAGGAGAAUUGAAAUUUCCUCUUUUCACUUGCUAAAACAUUGCCCUCAGGAGACCCAGCUCAGUUGAAAUGUUUUGCAUGUGGUCGUUUCCUGUGAAGCUUAUGUUUUAUAAGGGAAAAGAAUAUGGUGAGAUGCAAACUUCUUGGCAGAUCUUCAUCCUCUGCCUCCACUGUAACGUAGAGAUCAGUGCCCAGAGGAGUCUGUUUUUGAGUUCUUGUAGUAUUUAACUUCUAGAAACUUACUCAGCAUUGGAAAUACCUCAGGCUAUUCUUAUUUGACAGGUAAGUGUUUUAAGUACUAACAUUGUAUUUCAGAAAAUUUUGAAACUUUAAUUUCCUCUGUAUUUCCUUCAAUUUUUACAUGCAGGUCAAAUAUGGAUGUGUAUACAUGUAUCGUUAGUUUAUUUGUCAAGUGUUUUGGUUCGUUUUCCAAGACAUGCUUUAAGAAGAUGUGCUAUAAUUAUCCUAUUUCUGGAGAUUUUGGAAUAUGUACAUAAUUAGUUAUAAUAUAUAUGGUUGAAGUUAUUUGCUAACUGGGAUUAUUUUAAUAUUCCUUAUUGAAUAAAUGCUGUAAUUAUUUACUGUGGAACUUAUUCUUGAAAUAAAUGUAAAUUUAUUUUUCCACAUACAUGAAAAUGUAUGUAUUUAAUAGAAGUGACUUAAUUGCAUCUUUUUAAACUAAAAACAUGUUUAUAUGGAAGAAUACCUGUUAUUAAAAGUUUGUAAUAAUUUCAUUCAGUUAUAUAUGAAAUCAGAAGGUCUGGGUAAUUAUAAAUUUUGAUUAAUAUAUAUUUUUAAGAAAUAAAGCAAUGUAAUAGUUAAUAAUAGAAAUGUGCCACCUUUAAGUUUUGUGUAACGUAUGAAAGUUUAAAGAACUUGUAAUUUAUACUGACUUUUAACUCAUAAAAAUAUUACUUAUAGGAGUCUGAUACAUGAUUCUCCUAAAAUUUCUGAAUACAGAGAGUAUUCUUUAUUUAGAUAUAGUCUAUGUUUUUCCAGUCCUUUGUAAUGUUGUUUAUGUGAAAAUUGUCCUUACAAAUGGAGUUUGUUUUCUGGGUACAUCAUGGGGAAUGGUGAUUUCUUCAUUCUUUCCAGACUGAGUCUGUGCUGUUUAAAGAGGUCUGCUAUCCUGCAUCCUUCUGUCUAUCCCUGGCCCUCUCUUUGUUUGUGUCCCCCACUCCCCCAGCUUUUUCAAACUGACCAAGUUAAAAGAAAAGUUGAAAAACCCUUUCAGCAUUUUCACAUUGCUGGAGAAGAUGGAAUGUAAAAUAUAAUUGGAGUUUAAUCUUUUUUACAAGUGUAUUGAUGGCCUAAGGGCCUCCCUCUUUUCUGCAUUUGAACUCUUUAAGAGUUUCUUCAUGCUAAAUGAAGAAAAUUGAUACAAGAUUUUCACAUGGCCCCUGUGAAGCAUGGGGGAGGUAAAAUACUUCUUAUAGCCUUUAUGCUUAAAUUUUGGAAACAUUGGCAUACUUAAAUUUUAAAGAAUCCUACUGCAUUUUACAGCAGCAAGGUUAAGUAGAAGACUUGCAAAAGUAAUUUGUAGGAAGUAUUUUGAUAUGAAAAGUUUUCUAAUUGAAGAAAUUAUUCAAUAAAUAAAAACCAAGAAAUUUCUUUAAAAUCCUAAGGUGAUUUACAAAUAAGUGGGGGAAAAAACAACUGUAUACCGAAUAGAGAAUCAUUCAACCUAGAGAAGAGUCAAGUGAAUGUGAUUUAUUGGAUAGUGACAAUUUAUUUGUAAUCUUGAUUAUAUUAAAAGAUAACAUUCUGUUCAUAUGUUCUGCAUUAAUAAAAAUGAACAAAAUUAA